GUCAGCCAUGACUGGACCAAUGAGACGUUCCCUAUGCAGAGUGGGGGUCGCUCUCUAUCUGAGCCCCAGGGUUCCUUAACUGUUGUGUCUGAGGAACCUUCAAGAUGCUCAAUGCCUUCCACUCCAGCAGACAGCUUCACCGAAGUCCUCUGCGGCCACAGCCUCAGAAACCCCACAUGGAACCUCAGCAAACACGUUCAAGUGGUAAUAUUGGCACGCCUUGACAAGUCUGGAGCAAAGUGCUGAGGUGCUGAUCUUGACUCACUUCCCUUUGGCGAUCAGCUGCUGGUAUCAGGAGGGGAAAUUCCACAAUGAUCCCACUGACAGACGGAGCUUUUUAUUUGGAGCAUAUCUCUGAUAUUUCCGUUAUUUAUGAACUCUUUUCUUGGAGUGUAUUAAAGUGAAGAAUAGUGCCUCGGCCACUUCCCCUCCCUGCUGUGUUUUGAAACGUCUGUAAAGGCAACUUUGACUGGUAGUGAUUAUUUUUUAACAACGGCGGUCGGUAAAGUCAACAGAAACUGCGGCUGCAUGGACCAACGCCUCGGCAGAGGCCCUUUAAAAGCCUCCUGACUUGUGGCCAAACCCACCUCUCUCUCUGGUUAUGUUAUAUAAUUAUAUUAGCUUUUACAAAUAGCACUUUUAUAUUGUAUUAUGGACGCGUUUAUAAACCACCAAGGCCCACGUGGACUCUUGGCUGACUGCUUCACCCCCGACUCGCCUCACUCGCCUGUCUGAAACACUUAAAGGGCCCGUGGAGUUUGUUGCAUCUUCAUUUUCCAAAAGCUUAUCACAUCGUCCUCUUGCGAAGUUAUCCAUGGGAAACGUCACACAGCAACUCUUAUGUAAUGUUUGUGUCUCAAGGUUACUCAAGACGUCACCGGAAUAAUCCACUCUAUAUUCAGUUACCGAACGUCGUAACUUGUUCUCAAACUUCUGGUCAUAUCCUGUUGCAGUCCUCUGUCACAAUCCUGUGACGUGGGAUUGUUUUUGCCCUGCGGAGGCAUCGAAAUAGCCGAGCAGAGGUGGAGUGUCCUGGAGGAGUGCAAAUACAGAAGUCAGGACCAUUUUAUUGCUCAAGCGUUCAUGAUCAAUCCGCUGCUGAAAAAGAAAUUCCCGGUGACUAGUCGUCCAGAUGUGGAUCAGUCAGGGCAGCUGGACUGAUGUGAGUCAACGCUGAACACAGCUGCACUCCGACAGUGGGAUGAGUGACGGCACUUCAGUUGAAAUGGUGAUUUAUUGUUUGUUUUGCCUGUUGAUUCAGAAUGAUAUCAUUUUCCUCUUCGCCAUCUGAUUCAGAAUAAGCAAGUUUUUUUAAAUUUUUUUAUUCUGCCAUCUGUGCCUUAAAUGUCACAUACAAUUUCAAUGUCCAACUUAAUAAAUAGACCUAGAAAGGAUGACAAAAAGCAUUUUAAAUGAUCCAAAUGAAAACUAGGUUAUCGACAGAAUUGUAUGUUUUUUUGUUUUUUAGGUUUAAAAUUUUUUCCCACUGAACACAUACGCUUGAAGCACACAUCGAUGUCACAUUGCCAUGGAAACAUUUUCUCUUAGCUCAUCUUAGCUUUGUGUUCCAAAGAAGUAGGUAAAGUGUAAUAACAUGCCAUGUUAAAAACCAUAUUUAUAACCAUGUUUUCACUGUUUAUAGUCAUGGACAGUGAGGGGAAAAAAAGUGUGGUACUACAUUUUUUUUCUCCUUAAAUAUAGUUUUGGAUGAAGAAAAAUAGGCCUUCCAGUGAGGUGCGAUACAAUGGGGUGAUCCACAGUUGUGUGCGACACUGAACAUCCAGUAAACAAGGCUCAAGUGUGUACAACUGAAGCAGGCAGCAUCAUAAACAAAGGAGGGUGGAGCGCUUCAGUGAAAGAAUAUGGAGGCUGAACGACGGAACACGGAUCAGAACUUCCUGGAAGCAUGUCGCAUACAGUAAGUUUAGUGGGUUACAAGAACAAACACACCCAGAAUAACUGGACUCUUAGCAAAGUCAGCAGAACUGGGUAAAGUACCUGGACCUGGUGAGCCCCGUCCCCACAUCAAAGAGAGUCACGGUCUGCAGCCGUGCACAGUCGCACUGUCCCACCACAAGGUAAACAAACUGGUUGCUGAAGGCGGACGCUUGCCAGCGACCACAUCGGACUUGGCAGACAGGAAGUUAAUCUAGCAUUUCAACUGCUUACUAGAAAGAAAAUAGAAGGCUUGACAAGUGCCACAGAAUUUGGGAACAAACGGGGAACAUUUGUGGGCCUCUUGCGUUUGGAUGGUGUCGACUCCGCUGUGACAUCACGCAGCAGCCUGGUGAUGCUGUUGGCCUGCUCCUCUGCUCACAUAACCUUUCCCUACAGCCCACAAUGCAUUGGUGGCGCGGUGCCAUGCAAGGCCUGUGCCAGACGUCUCUCCAGUGGUGAGGCCAAUUUAAAUGUGGCGUUUGUUAAAAUGCAUGGAGCCGUGUUCAUUAAGCCUUUGACGCCAAGUGAAAUGGCUGGCAGAUGUCUUCAAAGGAAGUGUGGAGAUCCACCGAGGAGCCCUAUAUAACCAGAAAUAACCCAGUGACGGUCGGACAGAGCACAGUAACUGCGUCAGAGGCUGGUGUCAGCACUUUUUCACCGCCGUUUCUAACUUACAGUUUCUUGAAAUAUGAACAGAAAUAUGGAUGUGUCUGGAAGAUGUCAGUGUGGUUGGAGGUGUUUGGAGUGAACGAAGAACGACAAGUCACCCUGGCUGCGUGGUGCGGCGUGAAUUGAAUCCUGUUAUUGUCAUGCUACAGUUGCGCCUCUUUCACGAUUAAAAUAGCGAGUCGACAUGCGAUGUUUGAUCACAACAGCACCCUCAUUUGGAUGCUUUUAAUCUGCCCAUUUUCACGGCAGCUGAGACACUGCGUGACACCGUCAGACCAAGUACACGCAUGUACACACGCUCCAGUGAAAUGAUCAGCACGAGGCAUCAUCUUGUCUCCUUCCCAUAUUGGUUUUAGGUUGGAUUAAAUGCUUCAUGGCGCUGUUACACCACAUUUUUUCGAAUGAACUGCCUGGACGGUUGUCUAGAAAGUAUGUGGUCAUUGGGGCGUAUGAGUACUGGAUGUGUUUUCACAUCUGUGCAGCUGAAUAUAGAGCAAGAUACAAAACAUGUUUGCCAAGAAAAAAAAGAGCGUCAGCAGUCUGCUUAUUUACAAAGCCCCAUCUGCAGUUUUGGAGUCCGCAUCUCGCCGUUGUGAGUCAUGACAAGUCGGCAAACAAUUCAGCAGACCACAAGUCCAAAACAAAGAGGUCUCUGGUGCUAUUCUGCAGAUGAAUUAGCUCUUACGCAAGUCGUGAUGAUGGCUCAACGGCGGGUUUCCGCUUUUCCAGAAACAAAGCAAAAAACUUGAGUGGUAAACUAGAGAUUUGUAACUGAGAUUGAAUCAUUGUGGUGGGUGAUGCCAGUAGAGCCUGUUGCAUCAGCAAACGUCUACAGCUACUGUUGCCUCAGUCUGCAAUGCAUUUCCCAAAUUAAAGCAGAAGACAGGGAUUCUACUGAUGCGGAAAUGUUCAUGUUUACCUGCUACUGAAAGUUGAAAAAUGCAUUGCUUUGCUCGGGUUGUUAUUGUCUUCCUUCCCACUGAUGUAUUAUCACCUCUUUCUGUUGAAGUCAGGAAUUCAAUUCUUUUGGACGUUGGCUGAAGUGUGUUGUUCUUUGAGCUGAAAACCAUGGCAUUCACUUUUCCUGUCACAUUUCAAUUGCAUCUUCUUUUUGAAUCGAUUGGAGAUUUGUUUAUCGGUAUGAUUCCAAUGAAAAUAUUGAUAUAAAUUAUGUUUUAAAAAAAAGUAAAAAAUAUUCAUGUAAAAAAAGUGACUACAUCUGUAACAAGACAUAACAAGACGGUAUUGUAAAAUAAAACAGUGUUGGAGAUUUGAUCAACGCAGUUGACUGUCGUGAUAGAAUGACUCAGAAUUCUUGGGCAUUAUCCAGCAUGGCUGUUAACAUAGCUGAGGUCAGACAGUGAUGUUAUUAGUUCAGUAAAUUCAGAGUGUAUUCACCAAAAAAAAUGUCUUUUCAUGCUCAACUGUGGAAUCGAGUCAAACAAAUGAGCUAUUUUUAGCUUUUAUUGCCUGCUUUAACACCUUUAUUUAGAACCCACGUAAGCAGAAGUGUCUGGCUGGCCGGUCCCAUGAUGAGCGUCAUUUCAGUGGACAGAAAUAUAUUUCUCUAUCUGGGGCCAGUGAUGACCAAAGAUGGAGCAGCCUGGUUGAUGUGUUGCAUUGGCUCAUGAGGGGCACAUCAGCUGGUGGCGGUGAAUAUCGGAGCAGGUCAUCAACCUGGACAACAACACAGGACAGUCACACACCUGACACAGCUAAACAAGUGGUUUUUAUUUUUUCUUUGUUUUUCUUUUGUUGUUUGUUCUUUGUUGCAUGUUUUAAUGGAGUUCUUUGUGAAAAUGAAGUUUGGCAAACUGCUAACAGUAAUUCAAACUUUGCCAAAACUGUCCAGUUAACAGUAUUUGCUCCAUGCACAAACCUCAAUAUUUAUUUUUUUAUUUAUCGCUUUUUUUUUUCCCCUCAUGACCGAAAUAGGCAAUUAUUGACCCACUUCUUCAUAUAUGGUGAGUGUGAAUAUUUUGGAAAUUCCCCAAGUUCUCUGCUUUCAAAAUGAGAUGGGAGGGUUGAGGUUAGAAGUAGGCGGGAUGAUGUCAAGUGACUAAGACCUGAGGUAGCAUAAAUAGUCCUCCACCUCCACCAGGGACCAGAGGAGGAAAAGAGCUUUUCCUUGACACGGCAUUUUCUGCUUUUUCAAAUUUGUUUCUGACUUUAAAAGCACGGUCAUGGGCUGCUGUGUUCUCAUUGUGGGUUUAAUGUUGGGAAUGAGCCUGCAGGAUGGAUGGAGCCAUCCCCUCAAAUCGGUCCAUGUCAAGUUCCCCGGAGAUGUUGUCAGUGACAUGAGUGAUGUGGAGCUGGCAGAAAAUUAUCUGCAGAAGUUUGGCUACGUGAACCCGCUGCAGCGCAGCGGCCUCCAGUCCACUUCCAAAGCUCUGAGGCGCAUGCAGCGGCAGAUGGGGCUGGAAGAGACCGGGCAGCUGGAUAAGGCCACGCUGGCUGCCAUGAAACAGCCUCGCUGUGGGGUGGCUGACGUGGCUAACUACAAGACCUUUGACGGAGACCUGAAGUGGGACCAUAAUGACGUCACCUACAGGAUCGUCAACUACUCCCCCGACAUGGACAGCGCCAUUAUUGAUGAUGCAUUUGCCAGAGCCUUCAAGGUGUGGAGUGAUGUGACACCUCUGACCUUUACACGCCUCUUUGAUGGGACGGCCGACAUCAUGAUAUCGUUUGGAAGUGCUGAUCAUGGAGACCCGUACCCCUUCGAUGGGAAGGACGGUCUCCUCGCUCAUGCGUACCCCCCCGGUGACGGCCUGCAGGGCGACGCCCACUUCGACGAUGAUGAAAAUUGGACGCUUGGGAAAGGCCCAGUUGUGAAGACUCGCUACGGGAAUGCAGAAGGAGCAUUGUGUCACUUCCCCUUCACCUUUGAGGGCAAAUCCUACUCCAGCUGUACCACCGAGGGGCGCACUGACAACCUGCCGUGGUGCGCCACCACCGCUGACUACAGCAGGGACCAGAAGUUUGGAUUCUGUCCCAGCGAACUUCUGUACACGUUUGGAGGGAACGCCAACGGAGCCGAGUGUGUGCUCCCUUUUGUCUUCCUCGGAGUGCAGUACGACACCUGCACCACAGAGGGCCGCAGCGACGGGUACCGCUGGUGCGCCACCACCAGCAACUUUGACGUCGACAAGCAGUUUGGAUUCUGUCCCAGUCAAGACUCUGCCGUGACGGGUGGGAAUUCAGCUGGCGAGCCCUGCCACUUCCCUUUUGUCUUCCUGGGGAAGUCGUACGACUCCUGCACGAGCGAGGGCCGAGGGGACGGCAAGUUGUGGUGCAGCACCACCAACAACUACGACAACGACAAGAAGUGGGGCUUCUGCCGUGACCAGGGUUACAGUCUUUUCCUGGUGGCUGCACAUGAGUUCGGACACGCCCUGGGUCUGGAUCACUCCAACAUCCGGGAGGCUCUCAUGUACCCCAUGUACACCUACAUGGAGGAUUUCUCUCUGCACCCCGAUGAUAUUGAAGGCAUCCAGUACCUCUACGGAAGCAAGACCGGCCCGGAUCCCACCCCUCCAGGCCCUAUUCCCACAACCGCCUCCUCCCCAGACCCGACUGAUGAACCUGAACCCGUUGACCCGACCACGCGGCCUGUGGAUCCCACCCAGGAUGCCUGUAAUAUCGAUAAGUUUGACACCAUUACUGUCAUCGACAAGGAGCUGCACUUCUUCAGAGAUGGGUUGUACUGGAGAACGUCCAGCUUGAACAACAGCGGCCUCAAGGGGCCGUUUUCCGUCUCUGAGAAGUGGCCGGCUCUGCCCGCAGUGAUAGACGCCUCCUUUGAAGAUCUCCUCACCAAGAAGUUGUACUUCUUCUCAGGGCGAAGGUUCUGGGUUUACACUGGAAAGAGCGUCCUGGGUCCACGCAGCCUGGAGAAGCUUGGUCUUGAUAGCAGUGUUCAAAAGGUGGAGGGAGCUCUGCAGAGAGGCAAAGGCAAAGUUCUGCUCUUCAGUGGAGAAAACUACUGGAGGCUCGACGUUAAAGGCCAGUCCAUCGACAAGGGCUACCCCCGCUUCACAGAUGCUGUUUUUGGAGGGGUCCCCAAUGAUGCCCACGAUGUCUUCCAAUACAAAAGCCACAUCUACUUUUGCAGGGACCGGUUCUAUUGGCGGAUGAACUCCCGUCGCCAGGUGGACCGUGUGGGUUACGUGAAGUACGACCUGCUCAAGUGCUCCGACUCCUCCAGCGGGAGCGUUUAGGAAACGGCCAAGCAGGGACAAACAUGGUUGUGACACGGUACCCUGCCAUUGAAGAGUCAGGCAGCCUGAUAUCACAAGUAUUGUGCCUGUGUACAUGUCAUGUGUGGGCAAGUGGAGGAUGUAGCUCAUGCAUCUUUGCAACAGUGCCGUCAUCUGUGAAUUUUCUGAUCAUAUUGGCCCAAUAUUUUGGGCCCACCAACGCAGGAAUGAUUUUAAAAAAGGGAGCUGGGCCAGGAUUAGAGCCACAGCAUUCAGAGAUCAGUGAAGUAUCGGGAUACGAACUCUGAGGAUAUUUUUUGUAGAAUAAUGAAACAUAGUAUUUCUAGAUUGUCAGCAGUGAGAAAUUGAUGCCCUCUGAUUUGGUUGUCACUCCAGAAUACACAGUGGGCUUCACAAGACAUCUUGUAUGAACAUUCAAAUCCAGUUAGUUAGUCAAAACUAAAGUUUAAUUGAAAUUAUUUUGGCAAUGACUACAAACAUUUUUCAUUACUGUAGUCCAGAUGUGCUAUGUUUCCUCUUGUCUGACAGGUUCAGACACCAAAAAUAACACACUUUAUUUUCGUAUUUAUCGUUUAAAGCUUAGUAUUUUUUUGUGUUUUGGCUUCUGACUGUUGUAUACUAUGUGUAUAUUUCUGAAAAUGGCUUCACGCCAAUGACCUGCACUGGAUGACCAUGCAUGACAGAGAUUAUUUAAAUGUUUUGAACUUUCGAUACAAUAAAUCAUCCUUGAGAAACACCUCGUCUCUUGU